AUGAGGUCCAUCUUCCUCGUCCCCGUCGCCCGAGAUUUGGCGCUGCAGCUUCUUGAUCUCGAACCUGGUCAUACCCGGCUCCUCGCCAACAACAGCUACCCAAAUAGCAUCCAGUAUUGCAUUCUGAAAGUCAUCAAAUACGCUAAUUGGCUCAUCUUUGUACACGGUAGACGCCUUGAGCUUCCAGAGGUGUAUCAGUUCGAGAGUGGCCUUAUGGAUAUUAGGAGCGGCAGCCCUACGAAGGCAUUCGGUGUUCGUCACAUCGGCCCACAAGCGCUUUUAGGCCUUCAAUUUCGGCGUCCUGUACUGGCUAAUAGAAGCAUGUGGGAACAUGGUAGAAAAUAUGUCAAUAGCAUGGGUGCCUUGUCAAACUCCUUGCUGCGGCGAAGGAUGAUGUUCUCAAUUUCCCUCGCAUCAUCCAAGAUGAUAAGUGGCUUGCGAACGGCAGGGAAUAGCAGUUGUGCGAUUGGGGUUCUCAGCUUCUGGGUGGUGAUGGAAAAAACCGAAUUGGAGAAUUCGCCAGAUGCUUCAAUAAUGGGCACGAGGUUAGGAAUAUCGCCGGUGACGCGAUUGGCAGAUUCUUCGUUGUAA